CCCGCCCACAGCAUCAGCACCAGCACUUCUCCCGGGAGGGGAGUUGCAGAGACAAAGAGGCAUCAGUUGGUCUGCCCCCUUGCCCACCUCUUCCUUCUCAGGGCCAAGCGCCUUUGCUUCGUGACAUCUUCAGGUGGAGAAGGGAAGAGGUUCUUCCAUCCUGAUGGAGCCAAGAGUGAAGAUGGAGGCGCCAAGCCAGACCAGCCCUGAAGGGGGAAGAGAGCCCAAUGAAAUGUGGGGCAGGAGGAGUGUUGGGUUCCCAGGCGGAAUGGGUCAGGAUACCCUGGAGGAGAAGGCCUUCAGUGCAGACCUUCAUUGCCAAUGCUUCCGGCAUUUCCGCUAUGAGGAGACACAGGGUCCCCGAAAGGUUUGCAGCCGCCUCCACUCUCUCUGCCGCCUGUGGCUGAAGCCCGAGCGACACUCCAAGGCAGAGAUGCUGGACCUGGUGAUCCUGGAGCAGUUCCUGGCUGUCCUUCCUGCGGAGAUGGAGCGCUGGGUGAGGGAAUGUGGGGCAGAGACCAGCUCCCAGGCCGUGGCCUUGGCUGAAGGCUUCCUCCUGAGUCGGGCCCAAGAGGAGAAGGUGCUGCAGGAAGAGCAGCAGGAGAGAGAGGUCCUUCAAGCCCAGGAGGCCCCACCAGGCAUCAGCCAGGGCUUCCCUUCCAGGUGGAUCAAGAUGGAGGAGGAAGAGGACACAAGAGCUACUCCACCAGGUGGAUUAUGA